AUGGAUGAAGUUGCAAAAAGUAAAAUAAAAAGAUUUCUUGUGAAACAAGCAUUGUGGAAAGAAAAAUCAUCGUUUCUUUCGCGUAUUAUUCUUCAAAAAGUAAAACAGCUCUAUGGUGGCAAAGUAUCAGUAAUGGUAUCUGCAUCCGCACCACUUUCACGUGAUGUCUUACGUUUUUUCUGUAUUGCACUUGAUAUUCCAAUAUAUGAAAUCUUUGGACAAACAGAAUCAUCAGGUAUAAGUACUGCCACACACGUAAUUGACAUGUCAUAUGGAGUAGUUGGCAUGCCGAUAUGUACAGUAGAAAUUGAACCGAUCGAUGUGCCUGGAACGAAUUAUCGAAGUGACAACAAUCAAGGUGAAAUCUGUAUUCGUGGGCUUACUGUUUUCAAAGGCAAGUUACAUUUUAUUGGGAGAUGUUUUGUCUAG